CAUUAACGCCCAUGUAACUUGCUUACAUGGUUUCACCGCACACCAGUUUUGGGUUGUGCAAUUUAUGGUUUUGGAUUAAGUUCUGUAGAAAAGUUGGCUCCUAUAGCUCUCUAUAAAGCAGAUUUCUUUGAGUUCAAAAUGAGGACAAACAGAUCAAUAAUAAAGAGUUGUCAAAGCUUUUUUUUUUUCUGUUGGGAGAGACAUUGACAUCAAAACUAAGAGAAGAAAAACCCAUCUCAUCUCACCUGCCAUUUCUCUUAAUUUUUCCUUUCCCUCUAACACCCCCCAUUAGUAUAUUUACUUUAGGCAUGUUGGGCAAUCAUCAAUUAAUGCAGGGUCUUCAUUUUCAUGUUGGGUAUGCCAUGAAAAUUUAAUCCCAUCACCACCCCAAGUUUCUUGCAGAAUUGCUUAAUCUUUUGUUGACGAUUUGACACACUUUCCUAUCCAAGCUUAUCCUAGAAGAAGACCAAAAAAAUGGGUGAGACAUGGCGAUUUGCAGUGCACGUGUUAAAUGGGAGAUGGUUUUCAGUUUUUGCCUCCUUCAUAAUCAUGGCUGGAGCUGGUGCAACAUAUCUGUUUGGAACUUACUCUAAAGAUAUAAAAGCCACUAUUGGGUAUGACCAAAAAGCUCCGAAUCUUAUAGGUUUCGUCAAGGAUCUUGGUGCCAAUGUUGGGGUCCUUGCUGGCCUUAUAGCUGAAGCAACACCAACAUGGUUUGUGCUUUUCACAGGUUCUGCGAUGAAUUUUGUUGGGUAUUUCAUGAUUUGGCUGGCUGUGACUGGCAAGGUAGCCAAGCCUAGAAUUUGGCAUAUGUGUCUUUAUAUUUGCAUAGGAGCCAAUUCCCAAAAUUUUGCCACUACAGGAGCUCUUGUCACUUGUGUCAAGAAUUUCCCAGAAAGUAGAGGUGUUAUGUUGGUUCUUUUGAAGGGUUUUGUUGGGCUAAGUGGAGCUAUCUUUGCCCAACUUUACCUAGCCAUCUAUGGAAAUGAUUCCAAGUCCCUCAUUCUUCUCAUUGCUUGGUUUCCUGCUGCUCUUUCUGUGGUUUAUGUGUACACAAUUAGAACAAUGAAAACUGAGAGACAACCUAAUGAGCUCAGAGUCUUUUACCAUUUCCUCUAUGUCUCAAUUGUGCUAGCAUUGUUUCUCAUGGCCAUGAGUAUACUCGAAAAAAUCAUUAGUUUCUCCAAAGGAGCCUAUGCAGCAAGUGCUACUGUGGUUUGUUUAAUUCUUUUUACACCUCUCCUGAUUGCCAUUAUAGAAGAAUGGGUUCAAUGGAACCUCAAGAAAAAGGAAGCAAUGAAGCCUCCUACUGAACUAACCAUACAGAAGCCAAGGGAAAUUGCAUCAGAGGAUGAGGGAUCAGUGAAAUCUAGUGCCUCAAAAGAGAAAAAAGACAAAGCUGAAAGAUCUUGCUUCCUUACUAUAUUUGACAAGCCAGAGAGAGAUGAAGAAUACACAAUCUUACAAGCACUUCUUAGCAUUGACAUGCUAAUCCUAUUUGCUGCAACAUUUUGUGGGUUUGGUACAAGCUUAACAGCAGUGGACAACUUGGGUCAAAUUGGUGAAUCACUAGGAUAUCCAACAAAAACAGUGAAUUCCUUUGUUUCCCUAGUGAGUAUAUGGAACUACUUUGGCAGGGUCUUCUCUGGAUUUGUCUCUGAAAACAUGCUUAUCAAGUACAAAACCCCUAGGCCAUUGAUGAUGACCUUUGUCCUGCUAUCCUGCAUAGGCCACCUUAUCAUUGCCUUCCCUUUCCCUAAUUCAGUGUAUGUAGCCUCAGUGAUAAUGGGAUUCUCAUUUGGUGCACAAUUGCCUUUGCUUUUCGCCAUAAUUUCUGAGCUAUUUGGCCUCAAGUACCACUCCAUAUUGUUCAACUGCGGCCAAUUGGCAAGUCCUCUUGGGUCAUAUAUACUGAAUGUGCAGGUCACUAGAAUUUUGUAUGGCAAUGAGGCAACCAAAGAGCUAAAAGCUAAGGGUUUGGAUAGAUCAGCAGUGAAGGAAUUGGUCUGCAUUGGAGUUGAAUGUUACAAAAAACCAUUUAUAAUUUUGUCUUCUGCUGCUUUAUUUGGUGCUCUCAUUUUACUGAUUUUGGUAGUGAGGACAAGGAAGUUUUACAGUGGUGAUAUACACAAGAAAUUCAGAGAGAGACAAGGAUUUUGCUGAUGAGACCAAGACAGGGUUUUGACCGUGUGGGUUUUGGGCCUUUCCUUUGGGCUUUGUUUUCUGGGCUGAGUUCCAUCUCUGUAAUGGGCCUUGGACCAGUCUCGUUUCUGUACUUCUUUCUCAAGAAUGAAAUCCUCGUUGGAAAACCACGCUCACUUUCGCGCUUCUCUCUCAAAAUUUAGCUGCCAGAGGAACACACUGCGUAUAUAUAAAAGAAAGCGAUUGCUUAGAGAGAGUGAUGGUGAUCAUGGACGAUCCUCUUGAUUUCGAAUCUGAAGACCCACUUCUUAGUUCCCCUGUUAUUAAUCAGAAAAGG